UCCCCUUGAAAAAAAAAGAAAAAAAAAAAAAAAAAAAAGGAGAAAAAAAGAAAUCUCUCUUCUUCUUCGUCGUCAUCACAGUUUCAAUCUCUCGCUGCUUGGUCUUCCCUCUCUUCUUCUCCGCUAGCUAUUCCUGGGGAAAAAGAGUGAUUGAUGGCUGGAAAAAGGAAACGAGCAAAUGCUCCUGACCAAACAGAGCGAAGAUUGAGUGUUCGGGUUCAGGAAGUGAGACAAAAGGCGCUAGAUGAGAAGGAGCGUUUAGUACGGGAGAGGGUUAAACUCCUCAGUGACAAAAAGAGUGAACUUUGUGUGGAUGACACUGAGUUACAUGAGAAAGAAGAGGAAAAUGUCGAUGGGAGCCCUAAACGAAGAAGCCCUCCAAAGCUAACCGCAAUGCAGAAAGGAAAGCAGAAAUUGAGUGUUUCGCCGAAUGGCAAGGAUGUGAACUUGGACGCUCAUCUCAAAGUGACAAAGUGUCUGAGGUUUUUUAACAAGCAAUAUCUCCUCUGUGUCCAGGCUAAGUUGAGCAGACCUGAUUUGAAGGGUAUAACUGAGAUGAUUAAAGCAAAGGCGAUAUUGUACCCAAGAAAAUUAAUUGGUGACCUUCCAGGUAUUGACGUUGGACACCGAUUUUUUUCAAGAGCUGAAAUGUGUGCUGUAGGCUUCCAUAACCAUUGGCUAAAUGGGAUCGAUUAUAUGGGAAUGGAAUACGAAAAAGAGUAUAGUAACUACAAGUUUCCGCUUGCUGUUUCUAUCGUUAUGUCGGGCCAGUACGAGGAUGAUCUAGACAAUGCAGAUACAGUGACUUACACUGGACAGGGAGGGCAUAACUUAACUGGUAAUAAACGCCAGAUUAAGGAUCAACUCUUACAACGAGGGAAUUUGGCCCUAAAGCACUGCUGCGAAUAUAACGUACCUGUCAGAGUAACUCGUGGUCACGAUUGCACAAGUAGCUAUACCAAAAGAGUAUACACUUAUGAUGGACUGUACAAGGUUGAAAAGUUCUGGGCACAAAAAGGCGUUUCAGGAUUUACAGUGUAUAAGUACCGACUGAAACGAUUGGAGGGGCAACCAGAACUAACUACUGAUCAGGUCAACUUUGUUGCUGGACGCAUACCAAAGUCUACUUCAGAAAUUGAGGGUUUGGUAUGUGAAGACAUCUCCGGAGGGCUAGAAUUUAAGGGUAUUCCAGCCACUAAUCGUGUUGAUGAUUCACCAGUUUCACCAUCAGGUUUCACAUACAUCAAAUCUUUGAUUAUUGGGCCUAAUGUCAAAAUCCCAAAGAGUUCAACUGGGUGUAACUGCCAAGGCAGCUGCACUGACUCAAAGAAAUGUGCAUGUGCUAAGCUUAAUGGGGGAAACUUUCCAUAUGUCGACCUUAAUGAUGGCAGAUUAAUUGAGCCUCGAGAUGUUGUAUUUGAAUGUGGUCCACACUGUGGGUGUGGGCCCAAAUGUGUUAACCGAACUUCUCAGAAGCGUCUAAGAUUUAAUCUUGAGGUUUUCCGCUCUGCAAAGAAGGGUUGGGCAGUUAGAUCAUGGGACUAUAUACCAGCUGGUUCACCAGUAUGUGAGUACAUAGGAGUCCUCAGGAGAACUGCUGAUGUGGAUACUAUCUCCGACAAUGACUACAUAUUCGAGAUGGACUGCCAACAGACAAUGCAAGGUCUUGAUGGAAGACAGAGAAGACUAAGGGAUGUUGCUGUACCAACGAAUAAUGGAGUCAGUCAGAGCAAUGAAGAUGAGAAUGUACCAGAGUUCUGCAUUGAUGCUGGUUCAAAAGGAAACUUUGCUAGGUUUAUAAAUCACAGUUGUGAACCAAACCUGUUCGUUCAGUGCGUCCUGAGUUCUCACCAGGAUCUAAGGCUUGCCCGCGUGGUUCUUUUUGCAGCUGACAACAUUUCCCCACUGCAGGAGCUAACUUACGACUAUGGAUAUACGCUUGAUAGCGUUCAUGGGCCGGAUGGAAAGGUGAAGCAGCUCGCUUGCUACUGUGGAGCGCUAAAUUGUAGGAAACGCCUAUACUAACAAGGCUAUUGGUAAGCUUAUUUUUUGGUCACUCUAUUUUGGGGAGUACAUAGAUAGCAACUAUCUCCCAAGUGGAAGAACCCUUGACAUCUUAUUUGAGGGACUUUAGCAUCUUCUGCAGCGUACAAUUAGUGCUGCCUUUUUCGGCAUUGUUGUUUCCUGAACCCUAUUGUUGCCAUUGGCAUCUUAUCUAUCGGAUCAACAGUAUUAAUUAUCUA